AGGAUGGCGAGAGGCUGGUGUGGAGCGGAGCUGCCCCGGAGUGCAGGCUGAUUCGGUGCCCCAAGCCGGUGGUGGAGAGGGCGAGGAUGACCCCACAGACGUUCACCUUUCCCUACGGGCUGCUCCUGCACUUCUCCUGUGACGAAGGCUUCGGGCUGCGCGGCGCUGCCCAGAGCCAGUGCCUGGCUGAUGGCACCUGGGGCCCUCCCCUGCCCACCUGCCAGCCAGUGCUGUGUCCAGAACCACGAGUGCUCUACGGAAGGCUGAGAAGCCCUUUGGGUGGUGAGAGGUGGUACCAGACCAAUGAAACUGUCACCUUCGAGUGCCUGCCUGGCUACCAGCUCCCAGACAAUGCAAGGAUGCCUUUGGGAGACGCUGGGACAGCCACGUGUUUGCCUGACGGCAGCUGGACACCGCUGCCCAAGUGUGUGAAAGAAGAUGAUGCUGAUGUGUGCCAAGAGGUUCAGUACAUUAAAUCGACCUUUGAAUGCGGUGUGCCUGUAGAAGAGCUGAAAAGUCUGCUGGAAAUACAGAAACUGUUCCUGGAGAUUAAAAAACUCCAGGUGGAACUCGAAAACUGAAACGAAACUGGACCCCUGCGACACUCACCUUUCCUUUGGUGAACUCACAGUUUGUGCAGUCACAGCAUCUCUAAGAGGGCUCUGGGUGAUUUUAUGGUUUAUGUUUGCAUGCCUGGAGUCAGAAAAAUAAACACCAGGGCAUGGGAGGCUGCUUUUGCUGUGCUGGAUGCCAGGGCAGGGAGUGGGUUUUGCUCUAACCUACAAGCUUGAUUUGCUCUUUAACUAACAAGUUGUUCCACAUUUCACAUUAGAAAGCAUAGAAAGAUUAAAUGUAGCUUUUUUUUAAAAAAAAAAGCUGUCUUAACUGUGGUAAGCUGAGGCAAAUGGGAGUGAAGUCCAGAAAAGCUGAGGUGAGUCCAGAGCUGGCUCUGAGCUCUGUGCUUGUGCUGCCAUGGUCCAGCUGGGGUUUGGGCACGUUUGCAUCCUCCUGGAAACAGCAGUGCAAUAAAUAUUACAUGAUUUCCGUUCCUCUGGGUUAGGGCAGUUCACAAGAGGUGUUGUAAAGGCUGCUGUUACCUCAUCCCUGGGUUUAAACAGGGAACAGAUUCCUCUUAUCCGAGCUGGUGGCA